AUGAAUACCAAGAACUCUUUCAUAAAUUAUACGUCUGAGUGGAUCGCAGGAGAAGCAUCUCAUCUGUCUCACUACAACAAGUGCUUGACAGUCAGUUCUGGGGUGAUUCAUACAGCAUGCAGCAAGGUUGUCACUGAACCUGGUGAGCUGGAUAAAUAUGCUGUGUCAGAGGGUACCAAGGCUGUCAGUGAACCUGAUGAUAUAGCUAAACAUGCUGUGUCAGAGGGUGCCAAGGCUGUCACUGAACCUAGUGAGCUAGCUAAACAUGCUGUGUCAGAGGGUACCAAGGCUGUCACUGAACCUAGUGAGCUAGCUAAACAUGCUGUGUCAGAGGGUACCAAGGCUGUCAGUAAACCUGAUGAACUAGCUAAACAUGCUUUGUCAGAGGGUACCAAGGCUGUCACUGAACCUGAUGAUAUAGCUAAACAUGCUGUGUCAGAGGGUACCAAGGCUGUCAGUGAACCAGGUGAACUAGCUAAACAUGCUGUGUCAGAGGGUACCAAGGCUGUCACUGAACCUGAUGAUAUAGCUAAACAUGCUGUGUCAGAGGGUACCAAGGCUGUCACUGAAUCUAGUGAGCUAGCUAAACAUGCUGUGUCGGUGGGUACCAAGGCUGUCACUGAACCUGAUGAUAUAGCUAAACAUGCUGUGUCAGAGGGUGCCAAGGCUGUCACUGAACCUAGUGAGCUAGCUAAACAUGCUGUGUCAGAGGGUACCAAGGCUGUCACUGAACCUGAUGAUAUAGCUAAACAGGCUGUGUCAGAGGGUACCAAGGCUGUCACUGAACCUGAUGAUAUAGCUAAACAUGCUGUGUCAGAGGGUGCCAAGGCUGUCACUGAACCUAGUGAGCUAGCUAAACAUGCUGUGUCAGAAGGUACCAAGGCUGUCAGUGAACCUGAUGAACUAGCUAAACAUGCUUUGUCAGAGGGUACCAAGGCUGUCGCUGAACCUGAUGAUAUAGCUAAACAUGCUGUGUCAGAGGGUGCCAAGGCUGUCACUGAACCUAGUGAGCUAGCUAAACAUGCUGUGUCAGAGGGUACCAAGGCUGUCACUGAACCUGAUGAUAUAGCUAAACAUGCUGUGUCAGAGGGUACCAAGGCUGUCACUGAACCUGAUGAUAUAGCUAAACAUGCUGUGUCAGAGGGUACCAAGGCUGUCACUGAAUCUAGUGAGCUAGCUAAACAUGCUGUGUCGGUGGGUACCAAGGCUGUCACUGAACCUGGUGAGCUAGCUAAACAUGCUGUGUCCGAGGUUACCAAGGCUGUCACUGAACCUGAUGAUAUAGAUAAACAUGCUGUGUCAGAGGGUACCAAGGCUGUCACUGAACCUAGUGAGCUAGCUGAACAUGCUGUGUCAGAGGGUACCAAGGCUGUCACUGAACCUAGUGAGCUAGCUAAACAUGCUGUGUCGGUGGGUACCAAGGCUGUCACUGAACCUGGUGAGCUAGCUAAACAUGCUGUGUCCGAGGUUACCAAGGCUGUCACUGAACCUGAUGAUAUAGCUGAACAUGCUGUGUCAGAGGGUACCAAGGCUGUCACUGAACCUAGUGAGCUAGCUAAACAUGCUGUGUCGGUGGGUACCAAGGCUGUCACUGAACCUGGUGAGCUAGCUAAACAUGCUGUGUCCGAGGUUACCAAGGCUGUCACUGAACCUAGUGAGCUAGAUAAACAUGCUGUGUCAGAGGGUGCCAAGGCUGUCACUGAACCUGGUGAGCUAGCUAAACAUGCUGUGUCCGAGGUUACCAAGGCUGUCACUGAACCUAGUGAGCUAGCUAAACAUGCUGUGUCCAAGGGUACUAAGGCUGUCACUGAAUAG